AUGGUCUUGAAAACGCCUCAGAAAGAUUUGAUCAACGUGAAGGGGCUCAGUGAAGCCAAGGUGGACAAGAUCAUGCAGGCUUGUCGCACCAUGCAAUCUACCGGAAUCUUUUACACCGGCCGCGAAAUGAUGCAGCUUCGUCAGCGUGUGAUCAAAAUCACCACAGGAAGCAGCGACUUGGACACAUUGCUAGGAGGAGGCAUCGAAACCAUGAGCAUCACCGAGAUCUUCGGUGAGUUCCGCACAGGCAAAACCCAACUCGCCCACACUCUCUGCGUGACCGCUCAGCUCCCCUCAGAGAUGCACGGAGCGAACGGGAAAGUGAUCUUCCUCGACACGGAAGGCACCUUCCGGCCUCAGCGCGUCGUGGAGAUCGCAGGGCGCUACGGCCUCAACGGCGACGAAGUGUUAGACAACAUUCUGCUGGCUCGCGCGUACACACACGAGCAGCAAAUGGACGUGAUCACGGCCGCUGCGGCCAAGAUCGUGGAGGACAACUCCCCCUAUCACUUACUGGUGGUCGACUCGAUCACCGCGCUGUUCCGAGUGGACUACAGCGGACGCGGCGAACUCGCAGAGCGCCAGCAGAAGCUCGGAAGACACUUGAGUGCUUUGAAAAAACUGGCGGAGGAGUUCAAUGUGGCGGUGGUGAUUAUUAAUCAGGUCACAGCGGACCCGGGCGCUGCGGCCAUGUUCGUGAAGGACACGAAGAAGCCGAUCGGAGGAAAUAUCAUCGCGCAUGCUAGUACGACGCGGUUGUAUUUUAAGAAAGGGAAGGGAGAGCAGCGAAUUUGCAAAGUGUACGACAGUCCUGAUUUGGCAGAGAAUGAAGCGACGUUUGCGAUUGGACCGCAGGGAGUGAUGAAUGCAGAUGGGUAG